UUGGCGCGAAGUGCAAUUCCGUUAAACUUAUUUUGGCAAUUAUGUUAACAUUAUUUCCUUAAUUGUCAAAACGGCAUCAUCUAUCUACUGGUAUUAAUGAAAAUUAGGCACAAAUUAAAACUAUGGAAGAGAAUAAAGGAUUUCUAGAUGAUACCUCACUUUCUAAAACACCGAAAUCACCUCUUAAAACAUCAACAGUAUUGAGGCCAAAUUCAAAUAGAUCAGAAAAUAUUUUUGCAAAGAGGUUAGCUGCUUCUGAGGCCAAUGUAUCUUUUAAUCCUCGGGAAGAGCCAUCUUUUCAAGCCUUGACUGAAGUUACAAACAUUCCAAAUUUUUCUUUUCUAAAGCAAAAAUUCAAAUCAUUUUCUGAGAUGUCAUUUGCAGAUGAUGCAAAUUCAUCUCUUGGUAUUUUACACAUGGAUAAUUUUUCAGAUGUAGCAGACAUGUCUUUACCUACUUCUUGCUUUAUAAAAAAUGAACAACAGGGAAAUAAAGAAGAAUCUAAGCUUGAUGAGAACAGUAAAGUUGAAUCUUUAAAAGAUAAAGAACUUCCAUCAAUAAGUGUUCAAGAUGUUGAAGAAGGUUUUGAUGGAGAUGAUAGAAAUUCUAGUUCUGAUUUAGAAUAUGAUGGUACAAAUAUCCCAGAACUGAAUUUAGAUUAUGAUGCUCUUUCUGCAUUGCAAGACCCUACCACACGGACAUUCAAAAAUUUGCCUUCACUUUCAAAGAUCCCUAAGGAAGAUGAAGAAUCUUUUUUCAAAAAGUUUGAAGCAAUUCACGAUAGUGCUUCUUAUACUACUGGAAAAUCUUUACAAAUUUCAAAUGUCCAAGCCAGUAAUGAAGAAUCCAGAAUUACCCGAGAUUCAUUGUUUGAGAGUUUUAAUCCAGCUUAUGAUUCCAUUUUUAAAACCCUGAUGCCAAAUGGAAGUGUUUCUGAUGAUGAUAAAGUUUCAAAGUUAUCUCAGAUUAUGAAUGCUUGCUCAUUUGUGGAUGGAAAUUCUUCAGAAUUGCAAGCUAUUCUGCUAAAUCAAAGUUCAGCUGAACAGAAUUUCCUUAAAAGUCUUCAAAGACUGAGUGAGACUUCUUUGAAAUUCUCGCCAGAUGAAAUGUCUGCUCGAUCUACAUCUUUUAGAUCUCCAUCUCCUCCAAAUACAAACAAUUGCUCAGAAGCCAGUCCUUUGUCAAAUGAAGAAGUAGACUCUGAAAAUAAAAAUCAGUCGAAAACUGUAUUGGGUGAUGAAGAUUCAAAAGAAGUAGUUCUAAGUGGUUCUGUGUUUAUGAAUAAUAUUAAAAAAGAUUCCACAAAUGUAUGUGAACAAAUUGUUGAAAAUCAAAGUUUUGAUCCAGAUUCAUUAGAAUGCUCCGAAAAGGUAGAUACAUGUUUUAUGCCAGAGAAUCAUUCCACAUUCCAAAAUAUAAAUGGUGUUCAAUCGUUUGAUUGCGAUCUUAAUUAUAAAGACACUUCUAGAUUUAUUUCAGAUUGUGAAAUUGAGGAAAAUCAAUUUGAAGUCUCAGAUUCGGAUUUUGUGACUAAAGAGGAAGCCCUUGAGAUGUUUAAGAAAAAUGAGGAACAACUGAAAGAAGAGCAUAAAUUUGAGUUUGCUGACAACUCUAAGGAAAGUGUUACUAGUGCUUUUUCACUUCCUUCUGAAAACAAUGUUACUGCUCCUUCUUGGUUCCUAGAACUUUAUAAUGGCCAGUUAAACAAUCCUGGACACAUUUCUAUUGGUACACUUAUUAGUGCACGUACUGAAAACCUUGGAAAAUUGUCAGAGGAUUCAACACGCGAAAGACCUUUUUUUGGCACUUUUGUAUCUACACCUGUUCGUGAGAUUCCUGAAGAUUCCUCUGAUUUCUCUGAAUCUGCAGAUCAAACAUUAGAGAGAACUAAGGAACAAGAGUUUGAUAAUGCUUCUAUAGAAAGCUCUGCAGAUUUUAAGAAUACAACCCAAGAGAAUGAGCAAAGUACAUUAAAAAGUGUAUCGGACCAUGAAUCAGGAAUCCUUCGAAGAAGUGUUCUGUCUCAACUUUUGUCUGAGGCCUCUACUUCACAACCUUUGGCACUUGCUGAUAGAAUAUUAGAAGCACAUUUUACUGUAGCAAAAACAAAAUCUGGUGCUACAAAUUGUAGAAACAAAUUCAUUGAACAUGGCUCUUCAUCUACCAUAAACAGAGAAACGGAUAAAACAUUGUGUAAUGAACUGCAACAGUUAACUGUUUCUACUUCUAAGGAGCAAGAUGCAUUUCUUUCCAACUUAACGAGUAUUUCAAGUAUAGAUUCAUCUAGCACAUCUAAGAGAGAUGACAAAGAUUCAAAAGUAUGUGAAUGCCCCAAUUGUCUUUUUCGUCAACAAAAAAUAUUUUGCUCAAGUACACGACCAGCUUCAGCAUGUUCAAAUUCAUGUAAAAAUGCUACGCCUUGUCAUAAUAUACUUCAGGUUCCAUAUGGAUGUAUGGCAUAUUCCAAUCCUCAAGAACAGUGUCCACAGAAUUUACAUCCAUCUCAUGGUUCCUUGCAACAUUUAGGAAAUUUUUUACAUGGUGGUCAGUUUCAUAAUCCUUGUGCUCCAAAUCCUUUGUCAACACAGAUGCUUUCAAUUGCAAUUCCUCAGUCAGUUCCUCCAGGACCUUUAACUGGAUUUUCUUCUGCAGCAUUUUCAAUGCAAGGAACUGCACCUCAUUCUUUUCCUACUGUAUUGGGACCAAAUGAAUUAUGUGUUCCACAAAAAAUAUGUGUAGGUGAUUCUCAAAGUAUAACUUUGACAAUUCAGAAUAUGCAUAUAAUGCAGUACUUUUAUCAUAUAUCAUAUAUAUCUGCUUCUAUCAAUGAGGAACCAGUUUCCAUUGAAAUGGCUGGAGUGCAUUUUCCUUUUAUGUUUCCACGAAGCAUGAGCAGUACUACAGAUAUUCAGAUCACGCUUAAUCCAAAGUAUGAAGGGAAGACUGUUGUUGUCUUGCAAAUUGUUGCAUGUUUUAAUCCUUCAGAAAUAACUGUAGCUGCAAUUGGCAAUUCUUCUAUGAAAACUAAAAUACAGUAUGAAUCAGUGAGACCUUCCAUUUUGAUAUCUAGCCAUGGAAAGGACAAUUUAAGCAUGGGUUCUGUUAUUGCUGGAAGCAAAGUUCUAGAGCAGAUAUCAAUAACCAACAAGUGCAAUGCAGUUGUGCCCAUAUGUUUGAGCUUUUCUAAUGAUUAUAAAGACAACCGUAUUUCUUUUAGAGUAAGUGAAAUGAAACUUCAAAACUUAUCUACAGCUGCCCAAUUGAAGAUAUUAUCUCCGAAAACAAUACUUUUUCGAUUACCUGUUUCAAAUAAUGAGGAAACUGCAUCUCCUAUUCAAAUACCAAUAAUAUUUGAAGCUGGCAGUGAUGAUUGUCAUCUGAAUUUUACUUUAACUGCAGCAAUUCAAACUGCAACUUUUAGUGAACCUCUAGGAUUUUUAAGAAUUUCAGCUACUGUAGGAAGAACUGAACUUGUUCUAACUGAUGCAACACAGAACCGUUUGCUUUUUUGCUCUGAGGCUGGAUCCAUUUGCAAUCAAAAUGUGACAGUCAAAAAUCAAUGCUCUUUUCCGGUUGUAUAUGAUUUAAUGAUUGUUGGUGAUGAUAGUAAUUCUUUCUCUGUAUCGCCCAUGACUCUGAAUUUGCAGCCAUUGCAGUGCUCUACUGUAACAUUAACAUUUUCCCCAACAUCAACAUUGGUUGUUAAAGGUAAUCUUCAAGCAGCUGCUCAGCCCCAUGGGAAGGUUUUUUCCUUAAUUGAAUUAAUUGGUUCUAACAAAUCAACUGGUGCUGUUCCAAGAGCUUCUAAAAAUAUUCUUUCUAAUCCAGAAUCUAAAUUAUCAUCUAAAGAGACUAAACGGAUAUCUUAUAAUAGUUCUAAUAUUAUUGAAUGUAAUAAGAAAUAUUUAUCUUGGGGUGGAGUUGACAUUGGAAGCACUGUCAUCAAGACAUUCAAUAUUAGGAAUUCUUCAAAUAAAAGUUUGCAAACAAAAUUAUUUAUUAAAGAGAAACCACAAAGUUCAUUUAAGAUCAUUGAUGAGAAUAAUGGCUAUACUACUAAUUUAAUUUUGGGACUUAUGUCAAAGGAGCAAAAGUCUAUUUCUGUAGCCUUUACGCCAUCAAGAAUUGCACCCUCCUCAGGUUUCCUAGCAAUCAAGCCCAUAAUUGAAAAUGACCGGAAAAUUUUUUCGAUGCCGCUUGCUGGUUAUGGUGGAACUGGAAAAUUAAAAGUCGCUGAAAUUUAUGAAAAGGAAGGUGUAGGACACUGUUUAGAUAUCAGUGUAUCCAGGGAACGACGAACAGUUUUCAGCAAUCUAACUGUUCAUAAUAUUGGAAUGCGUCCAGUUUUUGUAAAAGUAAUUGUUUCAGCUGGUAAUUCUAAUAAAGAACAAAUUGUCAUCAAUCCAAGUGAAUUUAUUCUUUUAGAAGAUGACUGUAAGACUUUAAUUAUAUCUUGCACUAUAGAAAAUUUUUCCAUGCUUAAUGCAACCGAUUUUGGCUUUAUAACAUUACUGUAUGGGGAUGAAAUUAUACGGCAGCAGUUGAGAAGAUCUGUGGGUGAAAAUUCUGCAAAUUCACACUCUCUGUAUCAUGGUGUAAAUUUUGAUGUUCCUUUUGUUGGUGAAGAGCGAGUUCCUUAUGAUUCUACAUAUAUAAGCAAAAUAAAUAUAUCCUCGCUGUUUUCUUCUUCUAUUAAAAAAUAUCUUAUUCAUUUGAAUAUUGUUGAACAAGAUGCAAGUUGCUCUCAGGUGACUUUUGGUGCAUUGUCUUUGCUGGACAAUACCUGUACUAGUACCAUAGGAAAUUCUACUAUGUUUAGGAGAGUAACUGCUGGCCCUGGAUGUACUUAUUCUCCUCCUGUAAAGGAUUUCACUGUAUAUACGUUAAAUCGUUUAUCAAUGCUUAAUUCUCCAACCCUCAAUUCCAAUAAAUGUUCAUUGUUUGCACCAAAAGUUGAUGAAAAUGUUGCUGAGAAGGAAGAUUCUUCAAGGUUUUGGACUGUAAAACCAGAGUUGUUGACUAUAGACUCAGCCAGUAAAGAUAACCGAAUAUUGCUAAUUAAUCUUUCAAAUCAGGAUUUGAAAUUUAAAAUAGAAAGUGCAAUUGAUGUAAUAUCCGUUUCACCUGUGAGUGGAAUAGUUUCUGCUAAAGGUCAGAUUGGAUUACGAGUAUGUAUCAUACCAUACAAUCAUGCUAAAUUAUAUGAAGAUUACAAAGGAUUUAUCAAAGUAAUAUGUGAUGGCACAGAAAAGAGUGUACUAAUAACAGUUCUUAAAGAUCAGAAAAAGAUGAAAGAUUCUUUUAAUGCUUCAGAAAGCAAUACAAAUCUGGAGCAGUUGCAAGAUUUGCCUCUUGAAAUAUCAGCAGCAGAUAAAACAGUAAUUGAUUCCACUUCAAUUUUUAUCAAAAAUAUUUGUGAGUUUCCAAAAGAAAUAAUUUUAAAUGCUACAGCCCCUGAAAAAGUUUCAGAAACUACAUUAGUUGUUCAAAAUCCUGAAAAGUCUUCAGUUGAGUGGAAUAUCCAUCCAUUUUCAAUGCUAUUUACUCAGUCUCUCGAAGAUUCCUUAAAUGCCUCAAAUGUUUUGCAAAUUCUGCCAUCUUCAGGAGUUCUGCAAGCCAAGGAGAAAACAAAUAUUGUUGUAAAAUUUAUGCCUUCAAAUCCUGAUUGUUUCUAUCGUUUCUUUGAACUGAUGUUAAAUUUUUCUAAUGGUGUAAGGCAAAGAUGCAACUUCAAAAUUAGUGGUUCUAGCUUCUGCUUAGCAGAAAAUGCUGAACUGAACAAGUCAUCUGCUGUUGCUUGUUACUCUAAGAAAAAAUCACGAAGUGAUAUUUAUGUUGAAAAUGAAACCUGUGAAUUCCCAAACACAUCACUAGGGAAAAAUUCUACGACCUUUGUUACAGUGAAAAAUCCAUCUAGGCAAGAUUUCAAACUGAAUAUCACAAAGCCACGUUUGCCAUUCAUUGUGCAUCAAUCAUCUGUACUAGUCAAAUCUAAGAAGUUUUUAAAGAUUCCAGUGAUUUUUAAACCCACCAAAUCAGGUGUGGGUGAUUUUGAAGAUAUUUUAAUAUUAAAGUCUGAAAAUGGACAUGAAUUUUUGAUUAAGUUAAAAGGUGUUUGUAAUUAAGAAUGAAUUUGAGCUUUUAAUGUAUUUAUACAUGAAUUUAUC